UACAUUUGUAAGCUGUCUUUUCCACCUGACAGUGAAAAGAGUGCUCCGGAAGGGUCUAGUCUGUCUUUUUAGACUUUGACCAUGGAUUAUAAAUACAAAGAAACAUGAAUGGAAGAGUGUGAAUGGAAGCCGGUCCUGGUUUCAGAAUGCGAUAGCAUAAACAUCCGGGCUGAAGAUGAAAUGCGUAGUAUGUUUGGAGAAGUUGAAAAUGAAACUAUGCUCGACUAAUGAGUGUGACAAAGUGAAGUAAAAGGAUAAUUUAAUAGGAUGUUAACAUAACGUGCACAAGUGGACACAUAGUGUGUGAACAUAUGCCCUCACUUAAUCCAACUUAAUAUAUGGUCAUGAAAAACUGCAGGAAAAUCUUGAGUACCGGUAUAAUAAUAAACACCCAGUCAUUCUCAGCCUCAAGCCUCACUGUGAUGUUACACCCUCCAUAUGCUUACUCGUCAUUCUCAGGAAUUGCUUUCUUGUUUACCAACUACUACAGUCAGGGUUUUACAGCAGUGCAUUCAGGGGAUAGGGGAUUUUGAGGAAGUCAUUGGAUGAAGACCACGUCAUACAGGAUGAUAGCUGAGAGUUAAUGCCCUAGUCAGUGCUCGUCACAGCCAGUAAACCUUUGAUUUCUUGGUGAAAUACAGGCUUUGUUUGAAUUACUCUUUCUGAUGACAGCUUCAAGUUAAAUUCUUUGACACAUAUAUAAUUUAUCUGAAAGACUAAACAAAUCCAGAUAGUUUGUGAUGGCGUGCAAAACUGAACAAUGCCUUUGGGUGGGAACACUGAACAUAAUUUAAAACGUGAAGAAAUCCGUCUGAGAACUUUCAUUAAUUGGCCAAGUUCCUCGCUAGCUCAUCCCAUCCUGUUAGCUCAGGAGGGGUUUUAUUACAGUGGACAGGGGGAUACGGUGACCUGUUACAGCUGUAAGAGGGAAAAAAGUGACUGGAAGGCAGAGGAAAUACCUUCUGUCACGCACAGGCUGUUAAGCCCAAGUUGUCCAAUCGUCACAGGUACAGCAGAAGACAACGUCCCUAUCACACCACCCUCAGACGCAUCGGUGGCAGAAGCAUUGCUUUCAUGGUUGCAACAAGGACAGACAACUUUUGAUUCUACUUUAAAGUUUGCAGAUCUCUUGGACACAAUAAUGCAGAACACAAACGGAAAUCGUUCAAGAAUGACUUCGAGGCAGCUAAACAGCUCAGUGGUGACUGAUGCCAUGGAUGAGCUGGACAUGGAAUCAAAUGAAAUGGGCUGUGAAGUGAUGGACAUAACUGAUGAACGUUUAGUAGAAGAAGAAUUUCGACUUAGCACAUUUGUGAACUGGCCCCAAGAUGCUCCAGUACAUCCCCGAGAUCUAGCUAAGGCUGGGUUUUACUACACAGAUUGUGUGGACAGAGUGAAGUGUGUAUUUUGCAAAGGAAUUCUCAGAAACUGGGAGGAAGGGGAUGAUGCAAUGGCAGAGCACAGAAGUCAUUUUCCAAACUGUCCUUUCAUUAAAGGGGAUCCUACAGACAAUGUACCCUUAUCAAAUGCUGGUGCGUCUACUCAUGUCGUUAUGAUGCGCUGGACAGAUGAUAGAGUUUUACCAGAUCGGCCACGCCACCCAGAAUUCGAAUCACAGUCCACCAGGGUGUCAUCCUUCACCAAGUGGCCUCCUAAUAAAAAGCAGCGCCCUCAGGAACUAGCCACAGCAGGAUUUUAUUAUGCAGGUUAUGGAGAUAAUGUGAAAUGUUUCUUCUGUGAUGGUGGAUUGAGGAAUUGGGAGCCACAAGACGAUCCUUGGACGGAGCACGGGAAAUGGUUCCCACGGUGUGGGUAUGUCCUCAAGGUCAAGGGAAAUGACUUUGUCAACAGUGCCCAGGCAACUAAUUCUCCAUCCAGGGGACCUGGAACUGGUUUAGGUGUAAUGUUGAGGACACGUGAAGGAUCUUCUACGACAGGUGGUUUACACCAUAUAGAGCCCCGUCAAGUCAAUGCGAGGAUGGAUACUCCUACAGUCCAGGCAGUGCUCAGUAUGGGAUAUUCCCGAGACAAGAUUAAAAAAGUCAUUCAAAGGAGACUACAAACAACAGGGGAUGACUUCCCCAAUGCUGCCUCUCUGAUGGAGGCAGUGUUUAACUUGGAGGAGGAGGAAGAAACACAGAGUGGCUCCUCACAGACAUCUCGGAGAAGGCCAGCGCAGAGACACCUGGCACAAAAUGCUAACUCAGCUACCUCCUUGGGCUCAGACGUCACCGGUGCCAACAGUGAUAUAGUUGAAGAAGCCCACAGUUUGUUGGAGGAAAACCGAAUGCUGCGUGAAGAGAUGACGUGCAAGAUCUGCAUGGACAGAGAAUCCAGUGUGGUGUUCUUGCCAUGUGGACACCUUGUAUGCUGCACUGAGUGUGCACCGGCCCUGACAAACUGUCCAAUUUGCAGGGCAACCAUCAAAGGAAGUGUGCGCACAUUUAUGUCAUGAAUACAUGUAUAUCCUUGGAUGCCAGCCAUAAAAAAAUGUGUAUAAUGGGGAUUGUGCGUACACUUUUGACUAAAAUGUAUCCCUGUGCCCCAGCCAUGAAAAGCUGUUUGGUCAGCAGGGAUGAUUGAUGUAUGAGAUGAUUGUACAAUGUGUCUUUGUGCUUCAAUCUCAUCAGGGCAACCAUACGUUGGGAGUGUUGCACAUUUAUGUCACAGCUGUAUCCUUCUGCCCUAGUGAAAAUGUGCUUAAUCAGCAUGAUGGCCUAAUGUGAACAAGUGUGGUACGUUUAUAUCAGGAAUCAAUGCACCCAGCCAUGAUGAACAAGCGCCUGUGUGAAGUGUGGAGAUUUACCUUCAUGUAGUGUGCAGCAUGCAUUUCAUAGUUGUCCUGCAAAGUAAGAGAUUUAAGUUUUAUAUGUAAGGUGUGCUUAAAUAUUUACCACCAACUUACAACUACAUACAUGUAUGUGUAAAAAGCAAUGUUGAAUGAAAGUGUAUACAGGAUGCUUUGUGUAUUCUUGAUUUUCAAACAAUGACUGUUGACAACUUUGAUUAUGAUUGUGCACAAUCUUGGGGCAUCUUUUGUGAGGCUUACAGUGAAAUGUAUCCCAGCCAAGAAGAGUUGUUCAUUUUUCAGAAGUGUGUUAUAAAAGGCAGCUUGUCUUACCUAUGUGCUCUAAGUUGAGAGCAUGCCAGCAAAGAAGAGUUGUUCAUUCUUCAGAAGUGUGUAAAAAAAGGCAGCUUAUCUUACCUAUCUACUCUAAGUUGAGGGCAUGCCAGGAAAGAAGAGUUCUUCGGAAGUGUGAGUGAGCAAUUUUUAAAACUACUGUCAUGAUAGUGUGUCAGUAUUCUUUUAAUUGUAAUUACUAAUACUGCAAGUCUGUUUUUGUCACGCAUUCGCAUGCUUGGUGAGAUUUCCAUCAAAAGAUCUGAGUAGAAACUUGUUUUCCAC